CUAACAAUCAUAUAAGCGCAUGCGUAGUGUUGUCAAUAACAACUAUAAUAUAAUCCAACUAAGAUGGGCAAUUUGCUGUUAAUACUCCGUUUUAACUACUAAAUUUGAAAUCUAAUCUUACGAAUGAAUACUAUUUUAUUUGUAGAAAAGGCGAGGAGGUUGUACAGGGCCAAAAAAUUACACACAACACUAUGGCAACAUAAAUCCAGAUUUCUAUGAUGAAGCACUAACAAACAAGGGCCACACAAUGGCAAAGAGGGCGCAGCCGCAGACUCAGAACCGAGUAAAUCCUUGUGGUAGAAAGGUUCCAUCAAAGUACAGACGCAGUGAUUCCCAUGAUGCAACUGAUGGUAGAGGGCUCAUUUCGAAAAGAGGAAUCACUGGUGCUGAGAGUAAAUCCAAUGGCCAGGACAGUACAUUGUUUAUGAUUGAAAACUCCAUCCAUCAAGAAGAAAGUAUGUCACGGCCUGGGUCUGCAUUUUCUGUGUACCGCCCAUUACCAGAAAUUGGUCAGAAGUGGAGCAAGACAUCUUCAGAUGUACUUGAUAAUGUCAUCCAACAUGUAAGCAGUUUGCAAAUUCAAAAGGACCACAGUCCACAUGUUAAGAAGAAAAAACAGACGGAAGAACCAACAUCAUUAGAAUAUGACAACUAUAAUGUUGAAAAUAAUGUUUUUCAGGAUUUUAACAUAACCAAACCAAACAGUCCUAAUGCCAAAAUAAAGAAACAUGCAUCAUCAUCAACUAUUAGGAAUCUUGAGCAAAAUGAAAGGCAUACUGGAAUGCAACCAAGGAAAAUCACAAGAAGAGAAAUGCGGAGUAUACAACUGCAACGACGACGGAGCUCCCAGAUGAAUUUAGUGCCUCAAGAACCUUCGGAAGGAGUAGAGCGGUUAUUAAUUGCUCUAAGACUUCCAGGUGGAGAGAGGAUCCAGCGUUUUUUCUCACCUAACAAUGCAAUAAAAGAUGUGGUGGCUUUUGCAGAAAGCCAGGUUAAAGAAUCAUUAGCACACUGUGAUGUCUUUGAGAGUAGUGUUCCAAAGAAGAAACUACUGAACCUAAAGUCAAGUAUCAGAGAUUGUGGCAUUCAAGAUCGCACGUUGCUUUUACUUGAAGAACAAGAUGAAGAAGAAAAUGAUGACACUGGAUGAUAAUUUCGGUUCGUUUGUUGUUUGUUGAAGGUCAAUCUUGGAAAGACCUCAUCUGCAAUGAAUUUCUCUGCCAGAAAGUAACAAAAGCUUUGUCAUCACCGAAGGAUAUAUUUGGCGAGGACCAGCCAAACCAGUCACUCCUCGCAAAAAGUGUUCUGAGGAUAAUGGCCAAAAUAUGUUGGAAUGUCAAAAUUUUUUAAUCCUAUUUUAUUGCGUUAAACUAACUGCUAUGUUGAUAUUUUCCCCAUGUUUUAUGUUAAAACAAAAUUUUUUUAACAAUUUGGUGAUUGUCUCGGCCUGAGUAAUCUCUGAAAUCAUAAAAAAAACCUGAAGGCUGAUUUCUCGAAUACUGCUCUUUGAACAGCUCAGUGUAUCUUUAAACUCCUGUAACUUCAUAAUGAAUUUUUGGAUUAAAUGAAUCUUUUACAGUUUUACUUUCAUUGUAAUGUUUAACUUUGUACUAGUAAAUAAAAAUUGAUAGGACACUUUCGACCCCUGGUAAACUAAAGCAUUUGUAGAUGAUAUGACUGUGUAGCUGGAUGGGGUUGACUAUAACUAUACUGUUUUUUGAUUAUGAAGUUUUAUAAACUUUUAACAAUAAAUUCAAUACACGAACUACAGUAAUUGCUUACAUUUUAUGUUUAAGUACAUGUACAGGUUAUUUAAUUAGCUUUCAAUUCAAAAUAAAUUUUAAAAAAAUUUGUUCACCAAUUACCAGAUAAAAACAUAAUUAUCUUGUAUUCUGUGCACCGACCCUAAAAUUCAUUUCAAAAGAAACAGAUUUUUUUUUAUAUAGUAAAAGUAAGUAAGUCACUUAAAA